AAAAAAAAAAAAAAAAAAAGUUUACUGAAAAGUGGAAUUAUGAAUUGUUGACUUUUCUUUUUGUCUGAUCUGAUUUUACAUAAGUUGCUGUUUGUUGUCACGUUGCCUGUUUUUUUCUUUUCUUUUCUAAAAGGUUGGUUAACGUUUAAAGAAAUAAGGUCGUCCGCAUUGGUCCCGGCGGGGCUAUAUGUGUCUUGUUUUAUAUAAAUAUAAAUGAUUUUAUUUGAUUAGGUAAAAUCAUUUAUACGAAAGUUAUGACAUGUAAUCUUACCUUUGUUUAGUAAACUUAAUAGCAUGAUAGUAUUUUGUCCAAAAAAAUAGCAUGAUACUAGACGUCAAAAAAAAAAAAAAAUAGCAUGAUACUAAAAAAACUAAUGAGUACGAGAGUACAUAUGAGUAUUAAAGAUAACAGUCGCACUCUUUCUUUUGUCUCUCCUUUCCACCAUUAGUUUAAGAUCAAACUUAAGUUUUGAUGAUAAAAAUCAUAAAUUUGUAAAACGAUUUAGAAAAAGUAUGAUCACCAAAAUAUAAUUAUCUUAACUUCAUUAAAAAUAUAUAUCUAAAGGUUAUAAGACUUGAAUUUUGAUAAUUAAUUUAAAACUAAAAUUUCUGGGAAGAAAAUUUCAGCUGUGUAAAAUACUAUAUCUUAAUGUAAAUGAUGUUGUCUUACAUACACAUUAACAUAAAAAUAUAUAAAAAGAUUUUGAAAUCAUAUCUUGAUAUUUUUAUAUUUUUAUCUGUUAGUUAAUUGGUCUUUUAUAUAUUGGGAUAGAUAUUGUAUUUGAUUUUCUACUAAAUAAUUGGUCUGUACUCUUUAGUUAAUUAGCAUAUCAUUCUUCUUUCUUCUCUAUUAGCAUCUGAGAUUAAAGGUUCCUUUGACCAAUUGCUUUGCGACGCAAGGAAGCAGAAAAAAUGAGAAAUCUUCAUUUCCUCAUCUUAUUUCUGUUGAGCAUCUCGACCUCCAUACAUUAUGUAGUUGUUACUUCUUUGCAUGUGAAGUAUCUUCCUGGUUUUGAAGGUCCUCUUCCUUUCGCGCUCGAGACAGGGUAUGUGAGUGUUGGUGAAUCUGAGGAUGUUGAGCUCUUUUACUACUUUGUAAAAUCAGAGAGAAAUCCAAAGAAAGAUCCUCUCAUGAUUUGGCUCACUGGUGGGCCUGGAUGCAGCUCCCUUUCUGCGUUACUCUUUGCAAACGGUCCUUUAGCUUUUAAAAAGGAUGAGUAUAAUGGGACACUGCCUCCUCUGGAGCUAGCAUCUUUUUCUUGGACAAAGGUAGCUAACAUUUUAUUAUUGGAAUCUCCUGUUGGCACUGGAUAUUCUUAUGCGAAAACUCCGCUUGCUUCUGAGGCGAGCGACACCAAACAAUUUCAUCAAAUCGACCAAUUCCUUAGAAGAUGGUUGGUUGAUCACCCUGAGUUUAUAUCGAGUCCAUUUUACGUUGGUGGAGAUUCAUAUGCUGGGCACAUUGUUCCAGGAGUUGUGCAACAGAUUUCACUUGGAAAUGAGAAAGGUCUCAAACCAUUCAUAAGUCUUCAGGGAUAUGUUCUUGGAAACCCUGUGACAAACCUAAAAGUUGAAACUAAUCAUAGAGUUUCAUUUGCUCAUGGGAUGGGACUAAUUUCGAAUGAGCUCUUUGAGUCUCUUGAAAAAAGUUGUGGAGGAAACUACAUGGAUGUACACCCGAGUAAUGCAAAAUGCGUAAAAGAUCUUCAAACUUAUAAAAAUUGUAUCUCGGAGAUAUACACAGAGCAGAUUUUGUUACCAAAUUGCCCCGUAGAUUACGUACCACAAAAACUACAAUUCUUAUCAAACAUCAAAACCGGUAGUAGAAGAGAACUGAAGGAGUUUUCAGGAUAUGAUACACCAUCAUUGCCUCCUCCUGGCUGCUUUACUUAUGGUCAAUUUCUGGCUUCCUUUUGGGCAAACGAUGAAAAUGUACGCAGAGCUCUAGGCGUGAAGAAGGAGUUAGGAAAAUGGACCCGAUGCAACUUCCAAAACAUUCCAUAUACAUAUGAUAUUGACAGUCCCAUUCCAUAUCACGUGAACAACAGUCGUAAAGGCUUCCGCUCUCUCAUAUAUAGUGGUGAUCAUGAUAUGUCAAUACCUUUCUCUUCAACGGAAGAAUGGAUCAAAGGUCUCAACUAUUCCAUUGUUGAUGACUGGAGACCUUGGAUGAUGAGUAGCUAUCAAGUCGGUGGAUAUACAAGGACUUACGCGAAUAAGAUGACAUUUGCAACCAUCAAGGGAGGAGGACACACCUGUGCUUAUAGUCCAGAUCAGUGCUUACCUAUGUUCAACAGAUGGAUUGAUGGAGAACCUCUCUGAAGUUUCUCACUGAUCACGCCUCUCUCUCGAAAGUUUGAUUCAUGAGUUGUUGCUUUAGUUCUGACUGAAAUUAUAAUCCACUGGUUUACAAUU